AUAUUUCAAUUUUAUAAUAAUUUCUGUUUUAAUUCUUAAUUAUAUCUUCAAACUUAAUGUCAUCUCACAAGGCGACCACACAAAAUUGAUACCAAAAAUUAAACCUUCCAUUAUGAAAAGUAAAACAACACGUUCACAAAUUUUUAAAGUUAAAUGAUUUUUAAAUAUUUCAUAACAUUAUAUUUUUCUUAGCAAAUUAAUAUAUAAAUUUAGACAGCAAUAUAUUAAAAUUAAAGUUGACCCACUUCUCAAGCCUUAUAUUUAGAUCUAAAAAGACUAAAAAAUUGGCAAAUUAAUAAUCGAAUUUACUUAUUCACCUUGUUAAAGCUUUCUCAUUGGCGUAUACUCAUCACCUAUUUCUUCCCUUAAUUCCUAAGAAAAAGACAAUAAUAAAUUACCUUAAUUAAAUACAUAAACAUAAAUAGAAAAAAUAAAAAAUAAACAGCAAAUUAAUAAUAUAAAUAUAGUACUUCAGAAACAAACAAAAUUGUCCAAGAAAGAGGUUUUUCUUGGCAUUUUCUUGAAUCUUAGGGGUUUUGGAUUUUCCUUCUUUACAUAAAGAAUUUGGGAUCUUUCUUGAUUUUUUUGGGUUUAAAUUGCAUAAUUCAAAGUGGGGUUUUGAGUUCUUGAAAAUAUAUAUGUAUAGUGAUGACAUCAACUUUGAGGAGAAGGCUUCAUCAUGGAGAUGUUGGUGGUAGGAAGAAUGAGCAUUUUGAUUCUUUAGGCUCUGAUGAUGGUUUGAAUGAGCCUUUACUUGGGUAUCAGCAAUAUGAUGACACUGAUCAGGGAUGUACGCUUGAAGAUAUUUUGGAUGAGGGGCGAAGGCGGGAACGUCUGCACUGGACGCUGCUAUUUUCUCAUCUGAUUUCUCAAUGGGCACAAUGGUUAGCAAAUAUUGUUGUUGUGUCUGGGUCACUUCUUGGCCGGAUUUUUCCUUUUGCCUCAACUCAAGCUGGAGCAACAGAAAAUCUUUUACCUCCUUUACUUAGUCCUUUACAGGAAGCAAGGCUCAAACAUCUCAAACAAAGGCUAGCAAUCCCUUUUGAUGGUUCUUCCUCAGAUCAUCAAGAUGCUCUUAGGCAACUAUGGAGGUUAUCUUAUCCUGAUAGGCCUCUCCCAUCUCUUAAAUCUGAGCUUUGGAAAGAAAUGGGCUGGCAAGGAUCUGACCCUUCAACAGACUUCAGGGGUGGAGGAUUCAUAUCACUGGAGAACCUGAUCUUCUUUGCCAAGACAUACCCGGAAUCUUUCCGGAACUUGUUACACAAAAGAAAUGGGAACAGAUCUGAGUGGGAGUAUCCAUUUGCUGUAGCUGGCAUCAAUAUAUCGUUUAUGUUGGUCCAAAUGUUGGAUCUUCAAUCAGGGACUCCUAGAACCCUUGCAGGUAUCCACUUUCUAGAAUUACUCAGCGAAGAUGACAUGGCGUUCGACAACAUCUUUUGUGUGGCAUUUGAAAUGCUCGAUGCACAGUGGCUAGCGAAACGUGCAUCAUAUAUGGAAUUUAAUGAGGUUUUGAAGGCCACAAGAGUGCAGCUAGAGCGCGAGCUCGCUCUUGAAGAUACCUCCAGUGUAAAAGAUUUACCUGCCUAUAAUCUGUUGAGGAGAUAAUUUAGUCCUUGUUUGCUCCAAUAUGUUAGCUUCUUUUUUCUUUUUUUCAAUUUUUACACCUUUGUAAUUGUAACCACACUGUAUAUGAUGUAAACCAUUGUUAAGACUGUCCCUUGGAAAUAAAAACCAAGUGCAUUAUGCUGGC